GACGUACCUUGUCGGAGAAGUUACAACUGUUACCAACGGUUAAGUGGAGUAGUUAUGUAAACAUGUAUAUAAGUGUGUAUGUCUUGUCUUAACAAAACAACAAGUUUCAGUUUAAUAAAAAGUUUUCUAUUUCGUUCUUGUCUUCUUCAAAAGAGAAGAGAUAUUAUCUCUUACUCUGUUCUUCAAUCUCCCUCAAUUAUCCAACAUGGUAUCAGAGCUUAUUUGGUCUUGGAGCCUGUCCAAGUAAAACAAAGAUAAGAAAAAAUUCCGCUGCGAGAAGAAGAGAAAGAUGGAGACAACAAAUUAACGGUGAGAAACCGAAAAGAAAAAAAAAGGAGAAGAAGAAGAAACAGGGAAGGAAGAAAAAAAUUGAUGGUGACAAGAGAGGGUACCAUCAACCUUCACAAACGUAUUCACAAGCAUUUCCUUCAAGAAGAAGGCUCCAAAAGCGAUGAAGAAGAUAGGAAAUCUUUUCUAAAGGCAACGGAGAAAACGGAUGUGGAUUUGGAGUUGUGGAAGGAGAAUUCUGAAACUUUGUUCAACAAGGUCUUGGUGAAGUUCAAGGAUGCAAAGAAGACAUCACUUGAUGAAGUUGAGAAUCCGAAGAACACUGCAACACGGAGUAAGCUUCUGUUGGGAGAACAGUGCAAGGCUACUCAGCAAAAAGGUUCAAGGGAACUGAUGAGACGUCAUCGAGACGUGAUGGUGAUCAAAAGAGGACACCAUAAGAGGAUGCUUACCUCGGAGAAAAAUGGAGCACAAGAGGAUGCUUACCUCGGAGAAAAAUGGAGCAUAAGUCGGUUGAAGAGUAAACCGAAGACGACGUGAAGAAGAUUCACGCACAAGACGUCAUGGAGACGUUAUGGUGAUCAAAAGAAGACACCGAAGAAGACGUGACGAUGUUCACGCACAAGACGUCUACGUGACGUGAUGGUGAUCAAAGGAAGACACCAAGCAAAAAGGAGAGAUGCUUACCUAAGAGGGAAAGGAAGCAUUGGGUUGUUGUAGAGACAAUCGAAGAAGACGUGGAGAAGAUUCACGCACAAGAAGUUACAGAGACGUGAUGGUGAUCAAAGGAUCACAUAUUUGGUGAUCAAGAGGACACAAAAAGGGAAUAAAAAGAAAGCUCACCUAAGAGAAAGGGAGUGAAA